CAUUGCAGUCGUCUCACCGGGAUUACUGGUAUCAACUAACCUGAGCUCUGGCGAUUUCCCGAUUUAGACACCAACGACAACGGUCCUCAGUAGAGCCGCAUCUCAGCAGCACUAGCACAAACCAGCCUGGGCCUGCUCUUCUCCACCCGUGGUGCUCUUGGUGCCGGUCCGACCGGCACCGACAGUUGGAAGUGCAUAUUGUCUCCACACAAUAUCUGAGCCUUGCCGUCCAUAAAUGGCCACCACUCUCCUGCACUUCUUGCUUUCUAGUAAAUUCCCCUCCCCCAGAACUCCUCCCCGUUUCUGGACCUGUCCGCAGCCAUGCUUGGCUCGGCUAUUGACGCUUCGCUAACUAGCCCUCGGGAUUAGGUACUGCACACACCAAGGGACCUCGCGCUCCUAACCAUGGACAUCAUAAAAGUCCUCCACAUCCCAAACCAUUCUGGCUCCACACCCGCCAUGACCACCGGACCUGCUUCCUUGAUAGGAAAGAAAUACCCAGCCAAGCAACACGCCAGAAAUGUUCAGGCCCAUUUGGCCCAAAAAUUGGGCCCCAAGGGCCAGGAUGCCUCCUUCUUCAUGUCUGGGGAAGACUUGGUCUACCACCAGUACUGUGACCAAACCAAGCCCAUGAGACAAAACAGAUACUUCUACUACUUGUCUGGAGUGGACAUUCCCGGCUCGCACGUUUUGUUCCUGGGAAAGAAAGACCACUUGACCAUUUACUUGCCCAACAUCGACUACGAAGACGUCAUGUGGUCAGGCAUGCCUUUGUCCCUCGAGGAGGCUGCGAAGAAGUUCGAUGCCGAUGAGGUCAAGUACGUCAGUGACUUGGAGGCUGACUUGAAGGCCGUUGGCAGCGAAAUCCUCACCACCGACAUCAACGACUUCAACAAGAAGUUCUCAACGUUCUUAUCCGAAGGCAACAAGGACUUCUUCUAUGCAUUGGACGAGUCCAGAUUGAUCAAGGACGAGUACGAAAUCGAGUUGAUGAGAGAGGCUGCCAGAAUCACCGACAACUGCCACUUGGCAGUGAUGUCUGCCAUUCCCAUCGAAACCAACGAGACCCACAUCCACGCCGAGUUCACCUACCACGCCUUGAGACAGGGCUCCAAGCACCACGCCUACGACCCCAUCUGUUGCAGUGGACCCUCGUGCUCUACCUUGCACUACGUCAAGAACGACGACGAGAUCGAGCCUACCAAGAAGUCCAUCUUGAUCGAUGCUGGAGCUGAAUGGAGCUGCUACGCUGCUGACGUGACCAGAUGUUUCCCCAUCAACGGAGACUGGACCAAGGAACACUUGGAGAUCUACAACGCGGUAUUGAAGAUGCAACAGGUAACCAUGGCCAUGAUCAAGCCAGGUGCCAGCUGGGACGACAUUCACUUGCAAGCGCACAAGGUGUUGAUUGAAGAAUUCCUCAAGUUGGGCAUUUUCAAGUCAGAAUUCUCUGCUCAAGAAUUGUUUGAUUCCAAGGUCUCUGCCAGAUUCUUUCCCCACGGAUUGGGUCACUUGUUGGGUAUGGACACCCACGAUGUCGGUGGAUACCCCAACUACGAAGAUCCAGACCCAUUGUUGCAAUACUUGAGAUUGCGCAGACCUUUGCUCAAGGGAAUGGUGUUGACUGACGAGCCAGGUAUCUACUUUUCCCCCUUCUUGUUGGAAGACACCUUGAAGGACGAAACCAAGGUCAAGUACAUCAACAAGGAUGUGUUGGACAAGUACUGGUACAUUGGAGGAGUCAGAAUCGAGGACGAUUUGUUGAUCACAGAGGAUGGUUUCGAGAAUCUUACUGGAAUCACCUCUGAUCCUGUGGAAAUCUCCAAGAUCAUCAAGGCUGGUCUUGACAAGGGAGCCCAAGGCUUCCACAACGUGGUUUAGUGGUGUACUAUAUGAUAUUGGUGUAUAUUGCAGCUGUUGCGGAGUAAAUAUUAAAUUAAUGGCUAUAUACAUAGAUCGUAGGUUUGCCGGUGCUUUGAAGUGGGAGGACCACUUUGAAAUGCAUUUAACGCAAAGUGAAGAUCUUAUUAUUGAAGGCUCGCUAUGAUAGGAGAGCUUUCAUUAUGGGAAUUCUUUGAAUACUUCAAGGACUAUAGUGAAGCUCCAAUCAAUGAACAAAUGACACUAAUAGUACAGAGACAGCUAAAUAAAAAAUACUAC